UCUCUGCAUUUCGUUCAUUUACUCUCUUUCUCUCUCUCUCUCUCUAUAUAUAUCAAUUAAUUUUCCGAUUCACAUCAACAACGCCGUGAGUCCUCGUUGUCGAGACUCGCCUGCUAUUCGAUUCAACUCCGACUUGGUUUAUGAGCUCGAAGGAGAAGCCCACUCUAGGUGGCCAGCGGAUCAAGACCCGCAAACGGAAUAUUGCAGCCCCUCUGGACCCUGCAGCAUUUGCGGAUGCAGUGGUCCAGAUCUAUCUGGAUAAUGCUGGUGAUUUGGAACUAAUUGCUAAGUGCAUUGAAUCUUCAGACCUUAACUUCAGCAGAUAUGGUGACACCUUUUUUGAGGUUGUCUUUACUGGUGGCCGUACUCAACCAGGAACAACAAAGCCUGAUGAAGGGGAGCGCCAUACUUUCUCUAUUUUAGACUGCGAAGCUAAGCGGGAACUCAUUUUACCAUCUGUAAUCUACAUACAGAAGAUUUUGAGGCGAAGGCCUUUUCUCAUUAAGAAUCUUGAAAAUGUUAUGCGAAGAUUCCUUCAGUCCCUUGAAUUCUUUGAGGAAAAUGAACGAAUUAAGCUUGCAAUUUUCACAGCGCUUGCCUUUUCCCAGAAGCUCUCUGGUCUGCCACCAGAGACAGUCUUCCAGCCACUUCUUAAGGAUAACCUAGUUGGAAAAGGGCUUGUUCUUACUUUUAUAACUGACUUUUUCAAGGAGUAUCUGAUUGAUAACAGCCUUGAUGAUCUCAUCUCCAUCUUGAAACGUGGCAAGAUGGAGGACAAUCUCCUUGAUUUCUUCCCAUCCGGAAAGAGAUCAGCUGAAGCUUUCUCUGAGCAUUUCACCAAAGCAGGGAUGGCCCCUUUGGUUGAAUAUAAUGACAAGAAGAUCUUUGAGGUGAAGGUGAAGGAAAUGAAAGCUGCCUUGACAACUCAGAUUUCAGAGGAAGUUGAUAUUUCAGAAGUGAUAGAAACUGUCAAGCAACAUGUCAAGGAUGCUAAAUUGCCAGAAAUUGAAGUGGUGAGGAUCCUGUGGGAUGUUUUGAUGGAUUCUGUUCAAUGGUCAGGGAAGAACCAACAACAGAAUGCUAAUUUGGCUCUCCGCCAGGUGAAGACAUGGGCGAAGUUAUUGAACGCCUUCUGUACAAGCGGGAAGCUUGAGCUAGAACUUCUCUACAAGGUUCAAGUCCAAUGUUAUGAAGAUACCAAACUGAUGAAGUUGUUCCCCGAAAUUGUGAGAUCGCUCUAUGACCAAGAUGUUCUUGCUGAAGACACUAUUCUUCACUGGUUCCGUAAAGGAACCAACCCAAAGGGAAGGCAAAGUUUUGUGAAGGCAUUGGAGCCGUUUGUGAAGUGGCUGGAAGAGGCAGAAGAGGAGGAAUAGACGUCUUCGUCCUAUUAUCUCCACUUGUGUCUAAUCAGUGUUAAAACUUGAGAUGUUUCGUGUGUACUCUUUUAACUUUUUCCAAUUGCUGUCAUUUGUCAAAGUUUGCUGGAUUAAUUUCAAUAAUCUGUGUUUGUUGACUAAUCCUACUUUAGCUCAUAAUUAGCUUGGUUAUGUCUUUAAAA